AUGUCAUCGUUGCCGCCCUCCGCGUCGACAUACUAUGCAUUAUUUAUGGCGGUGUCAGUCCUCGUUCUGAAGGCUGUGAAUGAAGAGGUCACAGAACCAUACAUGGAUGAGCCAUUUCACGUCCCGCAGGCGCAGGCGUACUGUCGGAGCGACUACUCGUAUUGGGACCCUAAAAUCACCACACCUCCAGGCUUAUAUGUGCUGAGCCUGGUUCUGAAACGGGUGUUCCUGCUCAAGUGUAACCUCGCCAUGCUCCGGCUCACGCCACUGCUCUGCCUCCUCGUGUUGCCGAUCGUAAUGACACGCCUGGUGUGCUACUACAGGCGCGAGAGGCCGCCGCAUUCGCUGGCUGUGCCCGAUCCGGAAGCCGUCGUGCUGUCCGCCUUCCCGAUCGCAUGGUUCUUCGCGUUCCUGUAUUACACCGAUGUGCCCAGCCUGUUAUUCGUUGUGUCAUCAAUCGUGUCUGCUACCCAGGGCAAGCACUGGCUCGCGGCCUUGUUAGGCGCGAUCAGCUGCACCUUCCGCCAGAACAACAUAAUAUGGGUGCUCUAUGGCUAUGCAUCCAGUCAACUGAUGUACCUACGCUUCCGGCACGCCCUCCCAAAUGAGAAGCCGUACGCGAAACUCCACGACCCACCGGCUCUUGUGGCUACUCCAAGCAAGUCGAGUUUUGAUCUGGUCCGUUCCGUCCUGUCUGCGCCUGCAAUAGUUCUGGAUAUCCUUCCGUCGUUCGUCCCAUACGGCUUUGUCCUUGCAGGAUUCAUCGCCUUCGUUCUAUGGAACGGUGGUAUUGUUCUAGGAGAUAAGUCAAACCACAUCCCCGCUUUCCAUGUCCCACAGCUGUAUUACUUCGUGGGCUUCGCGACUAUUUUUGGAUGGCCUGCAUUGAUUAGUGGGAAGGGAGGCCCACAGAAACUGGCACGGGACGUUCGAUUGCGAAUGUUCGGUGGCGCAAGGAAUACAGCGAUCACUGGCCUGGUCGCCAUCAUUAUGGGAAUGACGAUCUACAAAUUCACGAUACACCACCCGUUCCUACUCUCGGAUAAUCGCCAUUAUACGUUUUACAUCUGGCGGCGGAUAUUCCUCCUCCAUCCUGUAGUACCGUAUCUUCUUAUACCUGUGUACAUCGCCUGCGCAUGGGCAUGGUACAUCCGGACUGGGCAGGAUCAAACUUUGCUGCAGAACAUCCUGCUCGCAGUUUUCGUAGUGCCCACGCUGAUUCCUACCCCCCUUCUAGAACCGCGAUACUUCCUCAUUCCUUACAUCCUGCUUCGAGCGCAGAUCACCGAUGUGCCCGUGUGGGGAGUGUUGGUGGAGGGUCUAUGGUACGGCACGGUAAACGGGGUGACCAUGUGGGUAUUUCUGCACAAAGAGAGGGCAGGCGUUGGUCGAUUCAUGUGGUAG